GCGCACGUUGGGCCGGCCGUGGAACUUGGGCUGCCCAAGCGCUUAGUACAGUGCUCUGCACACAGUAGGCGCCCAAUCAAUACGACUGACUGAAUGAGGAGCCGCCGGAGAGCCCCCUCCGUGCCCGCUGAGGACAGCAGCACCACCGAGGCCCCCAGCCCUCCCGCCGACCCCGAGCCACACAAGGCCUUGCCAUGCUCCUCCUCUUCCUCCUCCUCCUCCUCCUCCCCCCGCCCGGCCCUCCGAGUUUUGGGAGUACCAGCACAGUAACCCUUCCUGAAACCCUCUUGUUUGUUUCUACUCUGGAUGGAAGUUUGCAUGCUGUCAGCAAGAGGACUGGUUCCAUCAAAUGGACUUUAAAAGAAGAUCCGGUCCUGCAGAUUCCAACGCAUGUGGAAGAGCCUGCAUUCCUCCCAGAUCCCAAUGACGGCAGCCUGUACACCGUCGGGGGCAAAAACAACGAAGGCCUGACGAAACUGCCAUUUACUAUUCCCGAGUUGGUACACGCAUCUCCGUGCCGGAGUUCAGAUGGAAUUCUCUACAUGGGUAAGAAGCAGGAUAUUUGGUACGUCGUCGACCUCAUGACUGGCGAGAAGCAACAGACCUUAUCGUCGGCAUUUGCAGAGAGCCUCUGCCCGUCCUCCUCCCUCCUCUAUCUUGGAAGAACAGAGUACACCAUCACUAUGUUUGAUACCAAGAGCCGGGAGCUGCGCUGGAACGCUACUUACUUCGACUAUGCAGCCACUCUUCCCGAGGAGGACGUGGAAUACAAGAUGUCCCACUUUGUGUCCAACGGAGACGGAUUGGUGGUGACAGUGGACAGCGAGUCCGGGGACGUCUUGUGGAUCCAGAACUACGCGUCCCCGGUGGUGGCCUUCUACAUCUGGCAGCGAGAGGGCCUGCAGAAGGUGCUGCACACCAACGUAGCCGUGGAAACCUUGCGUUACCUCACCUUCAUGUCUGGGGAGGUGGGGCGCAUCACCAAAUGGAAAUACCCUUUCCCUAAGGAGACCGAGACCAAGAGCAAAUUGACGCCCACCCUCUAUGUUGGGAAAUAUUCCACCAGCCUCUAUGCUUCCCCAUCAAUGGUGCAUGAGGGCGUUGCAGUCGUGCCGCGUGGCAGUUCGUUUCCCCUGCUGGAGGGGCCGCAGACGGACGGCGUCACCAUCAAAGACAACGGAGAGUGCGUUAUCACCCCCAGUACCGACGUGAAGUUUGCCUCCAGCCUCAAAGGGAAGAACACCCUGGACUACUGGAGGAACUAUUGGCUGCUCAUAGGGCACCAUGAAACCCCGCUUUCUGCUUCCACCAAGAUCCUGGAGAGGUUUCCCAACAGCCUGCCCAGGCGCGCUGAAAACGUCAUCCCAGCUGAGUCGGAGAAAAAAAGUUUCGAGGAGAAGGUUAUCAAUAUCGUCGACGAAACCCCAGAGGAUUUGCCUCCCCCGACUCCUCAAGAUAUCGAAGAGAAGCUCAUCCGAGCUCCUGCCAAGCCGGAGGCCCCCGUGGACUCCAUGUUGAAGGACAUGGCUACGAUCAUCCUGAGCACCUUUCUGCUUGUGGGAUGGGUCGCCUUCAUCAUCACCUACCCCAUGAGUAUGCAUCGGCAGCAGCAGCAGCUCCAACACCAGCAGUUCCAGAAGCAGUUGGAGGAGAAGAUCCAGCUCUUACAGCAACAGCAGCUUCCCUUCCACCCAGCUGGCGAGCUGGCCCAGGACCCGGACUUCCUGGACGUGGCGACCUGCGGCCAGUCAGAGAGCUCAGCCACCAGCAGCCCCAAUGUGUCCCCCAGGGCUUCCAACCACUCGCUGCACUCCAACACCUCUGUGACCCGGGAGCAGGAGGAGGCGGAUGAUGAGACCGGUGUGGUGGUGGUUGGGAAGAUUUCAUUUUGCCCCAAGGACGUCCUGGGACACGGAGCGGAGGGCACGAUCGUGUACAGGGGCAUGUUUGACAACCGAGACGUGGCCGUGAAGAGGAUCCUCCCCGAGUGCUUCAGCUUUGCGGACCGGGAGGUGCAGCUGCUGCGGGAGUCAGACGAGCACCCCAAUGUGAUCCGCUACUUCUGCACGGAGAGAGACCGCCAGUUCCAGUACAUCGCGAUCGAGCUGUGCACGGCCACCUUGCAGGAGUACGUGGAACAGAAGGACUUCACUCACCUCGGAUUAGAGCCGAUCACACUGUUGCAGCAGACGACGUCGGGUCUCGCUUACCUGCACUCCCUCAGCAUCGUUCACAGAGACCUGAAACCACACAACAUUCUCAUCUCCAUGCCCAACGCCCACGGCCAGAUCAAAGCCAUGAUCUCUGACUUCGGCCUGUGCAAGAAGUUGGCCGUGGGCAGGCACAGCUUCAGUCGGCGCUCCGGAGUGCCAGGGACGGAGGGCUGGAUCGCUCCAGAGAUGCUGAGUGAAGAUUGCAAGGAGAACCCUACUUACACAGUGGACAUCUUCUCCGCGGGCUGUGUGUUUUACUACGUGGUGUCUGACGGCAAUCACCCGUUUGGCAAGUCCCUGCAGCGGCAAGCCAACAUCCUCCUGGGCGCGUACAGCCUGGACUGCCUGCACCCAGAGAAGCACGAGGACGUUAUCGCUCACGAAUUAAUCGAGAAAAUGAUCGCGAUGGACCCUCAGAAACGGCCUUCGGCCAAACACGUGCUGAAACACCCUUUCUUCUGGGGUCUGGAGAAGCAGCUGCAGUUCUUUCAGGAUGUGAGCGACCGAAUAGAGAAAGAAUCCUUAGAUGGACCAAUAGUUAAACAGCUGGAAAGAGGAGGGAGAUAUGUGGUCAAAAUGGACUGGAGGGAGAACAUCACCGUUCCUCUCCAAACAGAUCUCCGGAAAUUCCGAACGUACAAAGGCGGCUCCGUGCGAGAUCUCCUCCGUGCCAUGAGAAAUAAGAAGCACCACUACCGGGAGCUCCCCGAGGAGGUGCAGGAGACCCUGGGCUCCAUCCCCGAUGACUUUGUGCGCUAUUUCACGUCCCGGUUCCCUCACCUCCUCGCUCACACGUACCGUGCCAUGCAGCUGUGCAGCCAAGAACGGCUCUUCCAGCCCUACUAUUCCCAGGAGCCCAAAGAGCCCAAAGGGGAGCCCAGCCCCCCGGUGACGUUGGAUGGCCUCUGAGGAAGGCCCGGCCGCUCUGUCCGUGGCAGCCCGUGCGAGGACCGUGGGGGACAGUCCAGGAAGAUCAGGGGCCUGGGCCCCCACCCGAGUCGGAAGAGGCCGAUCUCACUGCCCAAACCAAGUGCCUUGUGCCCCCCGGCACGGAUGAGCCGGACCGACCUCGGAAAGCAGAGACGUGGCUCCGUUUGCCCAGCGGGUGACCUCAAGGACGGUGACCGCGGAUGGAACCCGGACCGCUAGAGCUUUCCCGAUGGGUAGGGCCCAGGCCGCUGACAGAAGAAGCCAACCGUUCUCCUCCUGGCUGACCGGACUCAGUUGGGGGGCAGGGGGAGGGCUCCCACUGUCUUUCUUUUCCCGCCGUGGUUGAUGGCGGAUUUGUCUGCCAGGGCCCGGGAGCUGCAGGAACGGGAGCGCCUCUGGGCUGUGGGUGCCUCAGCUAAAUCUGGCCGGACUCCAGGGGUCUCUGCCGGCGGAAGAGAGCUGCAGCGGGGAAGGGAACAGAAGGAAAACCUCCAGGGAGCUUUCUGGGGCAGCGGGAUGCUCGUUGGCUCGUCCUCAGUAUCCGGUAGCGGGAGAGCUCGUCCAAAGAGCUCAGGAGGAGGUGCCGGAUCAUCCGUGACACCCAUGGAAGAUACCAACCGAGAGUUCCCCGAGGGGCAGUGACCCACCCCGCUGAGCCCAGGCUGUCGGUAUCAGGGAGUCAAUGGGGGCCAUCGCCCGUCUGAGCGCUUAGUACCCAUUUCGCUCUCGGCAGGCGCUCAGUAAGUACCACUGAUCGAUUGGCUAAUAGUCUCCUUGGAAGAGCGAGUAGGCAGCCGUUUUGGAUGGCUGGGACCUGACUGGUGGGAACCGCUCGCCUUUUUACCCUCCUAUUAAAUUGUCUUGCAAGCCUGGAAGUGCUUCAGCGUGGGCCAGUAAGGGCAGAGGAGGUGGGUCGUCUGCGUCCCGGAGCGAUGAGAAAGCCGAAAAGCUGAAAGCCAGCAAAUGACCACCUCCCGCAGUGUCCUGCAGAGAGUUACUGGCCUCUUCUGUUGCAGGCUCUGGGCUGGCGUGGCCCGACCUGUUGAUAGCCAAGCUUGCGGGAUCAGAAGGCAGGCUUCACAAUAAAAAAAACGCCAAGUCCUAAUGGCUGGAGAGCCGGACGAGGGCCAACUUUGGGGGCUCAGGAAAAGGGAAAGUUGAGCCAACCUUGCUCCCCCCUUGGCUGCAGCCUACCUUCCCAGCUCUCCCGAGCUGUGACCGGCAGGGAACCAACGCAUCAGGGACGGACCGGGAAGCUGCAGGUUCCUAUACGAUUCUCGUGUAUCACACUCACCACGACCUAUUUAUUUAUCCUAUUUAUAUUUAUUUAAUUUUUACUCGGCCGGGGUAUCAUCUAGAAACUGUAUGAGCAUAAUGCAUGCCCGAUUUGAUUUCUUCUUUCCUAAUCAUUUAAAACCAAUCAUAACUGGGCAGGGAAAAAAAGUUAGACUGGAUUUUUGUUGGAAAUGGGUGAGUCUUUUUCAUUUUGUCAUAAGGGAGUAAAUCACUGGGUUCAGGGAAAGUUCAUAGUUUUUAUGGGGUUUGAUACAAAAUCUUGUGCCAUUGUGUCCUUCAUUUUUAAAUGAACGGUUGAUCGUGCGAAUGGGCAGUGUUAAAAGGGGUGUUUGUCAACUGUUGAAUGCAACAGUCUUCCUCCUGUUGUAGCUUUACAUUUUCUAAAGACCGAUAUCCAGGCCAAAGGGCCAGGUUGCGCAGUUUUUACGUGGAUUUUUAAAGCCCUGAAAUCUUGAAGGCUAUUUUGGAGUAAACUAAAGUUGUCGGAACGUAUUUUUGUACCUCUGAUUUAAAGCUCUUUUAUAAUUCUGAUAAUGAUGCAGACUGCCCCAGCAAACUACAAAUAAAGGUAGAUUUAGACUUGG